AUGAAUGCUCCAACACCUGACAAAAGAGGUCAACACAAAAACAGACCUCAUAAAAUUAAAGAGGAUGUCAUUGCGUGCAUUAUGGAUCAUAUCCAAAAAUUCCCCUCAGAAGAGUCACAUUACUCACGUAAUAAAAACUGUCAUAAAAAAUAUUUGUCACCUAUCCUUAAUAUGGCUACAAUGUAUAAGUUGUACAUCGAAGACUGUGAAAACAGAAAACUGGAUGAUUCUUUCAAAGUGACACUUUCUUCCUAUGCUAAAAUAUUUUGUACAAAGUUCAAUUUAUCUUUUGGCCACCCUAGAAGUGACACGUGUAGUGUUUGUGAUUCAGGGCAAAAGACAGAUCUGCAUACAGAAAACUUUAAAGCUGCAUUUGAAUCACAGAGACGUGAUAGAGAAAGACCAUCAAUGGAAGAAGAUACCUGCUAUAUAACUAUGGAUAUGCAACAAACGAUGCCUCUACCAGUAAAGCUUUUUACCUUCGCCAAAUGUGGUACUAUAAUUUUGGUAUCCAUUGUGUAA